UUUUUUUCCCAAAAAAAAAAAACUUAACAUUUGUUGAUUUUCUUACUGUCAAUGGAAAUCUAUAUAGAGGUUCAACUAUGGGUUGUUUGGGGAUGAAGAAAACUCGGUGAAGAUGGUGGCCAUUUCACUUUACAGAGGGAAUCUCCAUAGAGUACCAGACGUGCCUCGUCGAUGGCUCAUGCCAGCCCCGAAAAUUUCUCUCAAAGAAUUCAAAUCGCUUCUUGGGCGUCGCACCAGGGCUCUCUCCCGCCUCCUUGCUGACGGGGCGGUCACCACCACGUCCACCACCCUCUCGAUCCCUAACCUUGUCUCUCUAUCUGGCGGUCAAAAUGAGGUCCCUGUAAUUGAUAAGCGGUCUGUUGCGAUUCAACCCGAAUCAGAGAAGGUCAGUGAUAAUGGAGAAGGUCAUUCGCGGGAGGGCGAAGAUCACAGGGAACCGGAACUCUGUAAUGGUUCCAUCCGGAAAACAGUUGAUGGCUCUAAUUCGUUAACUGAUUCCAAGACUGAUGCGAUAGAGAAAGCGUCUAAACCUUUCGACGGUUAUGCCUCUUUAGUAACAAAGCAGACAGAGACGAUCGGAGACAGAGAAGAUAUGUUAAAUGGCAAAGAGAAAAGGAAAAAAGAAGUGGAGGACAAGUUACAAGUUUUGAAUGCAAAGAAACAUAAUCUUGUUUUAGCGUUGAAGCAGAUCUUAAAUGUGGAGGAGGAAUUAAAAAGACGAACUAGUGUGCAAGAUAUUGCCUUGCGCUCUUCUGUUCCAUUUCAAGCAGAUGGGACAAAUGGUACUGGUUCACUGACUAGGCAUAUAAUUCCAAGAGUGGGUUCAGAAGCAAAUCUUGGUUGUGAUGUGGAAGGGAGUGAGAAUGAUGAUCUUUCGAACCAUAACAUGCUCUCUCGUAAUGUGCAUUGGAUGAGUAGCAUGUCACCUUCGGAAUCCCCUCUUAGGAGGACGCCUUGUGUUCAACAAAACAUGGUUUCACAGCCUUCCAGGGCAAGUCUCGGGGUAACUGGAAGUCCAUCACGCUUUGCUCUUUCACAUCAGGGCAAUCCUAUGAAUCCGCCUUCAGUAUCUCUGUCAGGCACAGGUUACAUUGCAUCAUCGCCUUCCCCGGCUGCGUCUGGUGGUACUUCUAUUUUCAGAGAUGCUCGCCACCCUAGUCCCUGGAACUGAAAAGCAUUCUUCAAGCAGAAUCCUGAUUGUGGUAUCUAAUUUUUCAGAAUUGAGCAAUGCUGAGACACAGAUACCUGUGUCAAUUUCAGAGACAAAGGAUUUGAAUCUCUUCUUUUUAUUACAAGAUUGACGCAGUCAAUUGUGUAAAGGAGAGAUACAACAUUUGUAUGGAUCCAUAAGUCUAGCGAAUCUUGCAGCUGAACAACAUCAAUUUCUUUGAAAAGUGGGAUGAUUCGAAUCUCUUGGAAACUAAUUUAUUAUUUAUUUAUUGGUUU